ACACACACGCAUACGCACACCUUGAUAUCCACACACAGGCACAUUUAUAUACAUAAAUAUAUAACUAGGAUCGAAGAUGAACAUCCGCUGCGCCAAGCCUGAAGACCUGAUGACCAUGCAGCAUUGCAAUCUGCUUUGUCUGCCGGAGAAUUAUCAAAUGAAAUACUAUUUCUAUCACGGCUUGACCUGGCCGCAGUUGAGCUACGUGGCAGAGGAUGACAAGGGCGGUAUUGUUGGCUAUGUGCUCGCCAAGAUGGAGGAGCCGGAGCCUGGAGAGGAGAGCAAACAUGGACAUAUUACCUCGUUGGCGGUUAAGCGUUCCUAUCGCCGUCUCGGCCUCGCCCAGAAACUAAUGAACCAGGCCUCGCAGGCAAUGGUCGAGUGCUUCAAUGCUCAAUACGUGUCGCUGCAUGUCCGCAAAAGCAAUCGCGCUGCCCUCAAUCUCUACACAAACUCGCUUAAGUUCAAGAUCAUCGAGGUUGAGCCGAAAUACUAUGCAGAUGGGGAAGAUGCCUACGCCAUGCGCCGCGAUCUGCGUGAGCUUGCGGAUGACGACAGCAAGCCCAAGACUAAGGACGGAGGCGACGAGCUGUCGGCCCACGACCACAGCAAACACACACACAGAGGCGGCGCCCACAAUCACAGUGGACAUGACGGCCAUUGCUGCUGAAAAGAUGAAUAUAUAAUUGAAAUACAAAGAAAUGACUAAUAAGGAUAUGCAUGCAGGAUGCGUUUUUAUAGUUUUGCAUUUUUGUGCGAUUAGGUUUUUUGUAUUUAUCUAAUAAACACAUAAAGCGCAGUUAAAUUAAAUAGAAAUGACUAAACCGAUGUCGUCCUAUUGCUUCCCUCUGUUCAUAUGGGAACCCCCUGAUUUGCUUUUGGGUUUCUUCUUCGAAUGGAGAGUGCAGCCAGGUGGAAACAUUUCUCAGUUGCGGCAACUUUCGCGCCAAAACUUUAUGGUUGCACCUUAAACUUUUCGUAUAUUUGGCGUGUUCAUCUGUAAGCUUAACUUUUCUGACAGUCUAUUUGCAACUGUUCCCAGCUGUUUCCAGUGCUAUAAAAUAGUAAGCUUUAAAAUUUCCCCAUAUUGUGGUACAUUGCGAGAGUGAGAGGCAACAGCGCGAGCGCAGAAUUGACCUGCCGCAACAGCUGUUCGGGGCCUGGCACGUGCACGGACUUGGCGCCAAAGCAAAACAACUGAGAGAAUUUCCUUGCCGCUGAGCGAGCUGUUCCCGUGAAAUCACAGCUGUGUGUUGUCAAACGUCAAAGUGAUGCUGCUGCUAGCGCUGCUGCUGCCGCCAUGGCUUCGGCUUUGGCUUCAUGAGCUCGACGUAAGCGACGUUAGUUCGUGAGGCGCUGGCUGAGCAGUAACGUCACGGUCACGGGUAACGGUACCAUUGAGACAUCUAUAUCCAUUUCUAACGGCAAACAGAACGUGCGUUGCAAAAGUGUUUAUUAAGCAUUUAUCAUACCAAAUAUAAUUUACCAGUCCUGCUGCUUAAAUAAAAGUGUGGCAAACUGGUGGGAAUUUAAAUGAUGUUUUCAUUUCCUAAGUGUGAGAAUAAAAGUUGAACUGAUGUGAAUUUAA